AUGGGCGACGAAACCGCAGCAGCAUCUACGGAAUUGAAUAAACAACCUCAACAAGAGAUCUCUCUGGAAGAGCUAAAAGAGGUGCCUCCUGCACCAGCCUCUCCUCCACCUCCUCCAGGGCCUGAGGACAAGCCUGUGAUGAAUCCUAUUUAUAACGCCACCUCUCCAACUGCUACAAUUCUUUUCAUAAGACAAACAGAGCUUUUGGGCUCGCCUGGUAUGAACAUGCACACAGAUGUGUUUUCGAGUGUAUCUGUCCAGCUCAGUUCUCGUGUUGACACCUCAGAUCCUUCUAUUUGGCCAGGGAUCGUUGAAGACACCAACAAUGAUUAUAUUAGAAGCGGCAAGGUGAAGCACGUGGAAAGUGCUAUUUUGGAAGGUAUUCCAAAGCUGCUUCGUGGAAUUGUGUACUUGAAGACUGCCCAGGUCAAGACACAUAUUGACAAAACGAGUUAUACGAGUCUUGCCAAACGUGCUAAAACGUCGCUUCUGAAGGAAGAUCAGGCUCUUUUGGAAAGUGAAAAUGUCAGUGAAGACUUGAAGGAGCUUUUGCUGGUGUUCACUUUCUGUGCUAGAGAGGUUGUACCGGAAGCAUCGGCUGAACUGGUGCCUAACAACUUUGUCCUUCGUGUGGCGCCUCUUGUGGCUGCGAUUCCUGGUCUUAGCAAGCAGGAGAUUUUGGCUCUUUUGUUUAAGUUUGACUCCUUGAACUCUCGCCUUCACAGAGAUGAGUUUUACUAUAAGUUGAGCCGUACUUUGGAAGAGCUGUUGCCUGAAUUGUUUGAGCAUAUUGCCAAGCAGGGAAUUGAAUUGACUGAGGUUUAUAAGUCGAUUCUUCAUAACAUUUUCGAUGUCAUCCCCGACCAAGAACUUCUCGCUAAGAUUUUUGACUUCUGGUUGUUUGAAGGUUUCGAUUUCCACCAUCGUUUGAUCGGCGCUUUGUUUAAAGAGCAGGAGGAGACAAUUAAAAAACUUUCCGGUGACGAUUUGAACGACUUCUUCUUCUCCCAAGAUCUCACCAAAGCUUUGAGUGAACUGACAGUGGAACAAGCCUUAGAGGUUGAGCCUCUGUUGAUCAAAUUCGAGAAUGAGUUCCAUUUGAUGAGUGCAAAUGCAAUGAGUGGGAACUACAACGAGCUUUCCAACCUCAAAGAGGCCAGUGACGACCUUAACUUCAAGAUCAAGGAAAUGAGACUGAAGAUAGACAGUCUUAAGAAGACGCAAGAUGAGAUUUCAGGACAAGAGACGGAUUACACCACACAGCUCAAGGAAGCCAAACAAAAGCGUCAGGAGCUACAAGAGAAAACCAAGCGUUUGCAAGACCGUUACUCUCAUUUGACCAUGAAGGAGAAUCUCCACAAUACCAUCAAGGCCAACGAAGAUAUCUCGCGCCAGAACUUUGAGUUGGUCGAACAAAUCACUGCUCUAGAAAGACUGUUAGCUGCCAAAAGAAUAAAGCUUGGAAACGUACAAGGCCCAGUGGAUAAACAGAACGAGAAAGUGGCUGAACAAGCGAACGAUAAGCCAAGCACAAAGGCGACUGAAAAACCUGCUGAAACUGCUGAAAAUCCAAUUGAAGAACCCACUGACAGUGCCGAAACGCCUGCCGAAAAGCCCGCUGAAAAGACUAACGAAUAG